AUGUAUGGUGAAACGCCGUAUGACAUGGGCUUCGCAUUGGGCAAAUUAAUGAGCAAAGAAUUGAAUCAAUUAGUUCCAGAAUAUUUCGACUAUUUAUACCAACAAGUUGAAGAAAUAAUGAAAAUAGUACCACCAUUCAUCGCAAAAUGGAUUGCCGAGUUAGGAUUAGCUGGUGCUCUCGAUCUGACCUAUGAUAUCACUCAUCGUUACACUCCACCGUGGUUUGAUGAAGAAAUUCGCGGUGUUGCUGAUGGUAGUGGGGUUGAUAUAAAAAAAAUUCGUCAAUUAAAUAUGCUUCCAGAAAUGAUCAAAGCAGCAUGCACAGUGUUAGGAGCUUGGGGUGAUUCAGCUGUGGGAUCGACUUUACUUCAUGUUCGAGCAUUGGACUGGGAUGACAAAGCUCCAAUUGCUAAAUAUGCCACAAUAACUGUGUAUCAUCCUAAUGCCUCCUAUCAAGGUUAUAGUGAUCAUUUUCAUGAAUACUACAAACAACGCAACUAUAGUUCGCAUGCCUUCGCUAAUUUCGGUUAUCCCGGUCUGAUCGGCUCGCUCGGUGCUUACAGUGAGGCUUCAAUUGGUCUGGGUGAGAAAGUAUGGAUAACGAAGGAGCAGGAUAUCACCACACGUUUUGGUAAUCCAUGGACUUAUGUUCUUCGCGAUGUUGUUCAGUUUGCCGAUUCCAUCGAUACAGCACUGACCAUGAUGGCUAAUGCUCAUCGCACCUGUUCGAUUCAUCUCGGCCUUGGCGCUUACGAACGUAAUGCAUCGAUCACUACCGAUACAAAUAUGGGAUUCCGAGGUAUUGAAUAUAGUGCGAGAGAAUUAAAUGUUUACAAUUGGGAGGAUAUGUUCAAUACAAAAGCGCAUCCUGUUCUUCGAGACAUUGUCUAUUGGGAUAAACAUGUACAACCAUCCGAUAAUCCUUGUCUGGGAAGCUUGUUAGUAGCCAAUUAUGGCAAUAUCGAUGCGGCGACCAUUAUCUAUAACAUUACCAGUCUAUCAGAAACCGGUGAUACAAUGAAUGUGGUUCUUGAUUAUGUCGAAAAUGCUGUAUAUAUCGCUUACAGUGCUCCGGAUGAUCCACAUGGACCUUUGGAAGCCUUUAAACGCACUCAUACACAUAUCGAUAUGGGUAAAUUAUUUGCCGAGCCUGCUCCGAAGUAG